AUGAAAAAGAAGAAGAAGAGUGUUGAUAUGCACAUAUGGAGGGACGCAUUAAACGAUUUCGAAGUGUCCCAUAAAAAUAAAUAUAGUUUAACCCAAGAUACAAUACAUGGGAGACUAAGACCCGAACCUGAAAUCAUUGAGCAUGUAUUAGAAGAAUUAGAAGAUAAAAUAAGACAUUAUUUUAAUUUAUAUAAAAAUGAAAAAGAGAAAAGAACAAAUUCUGAAUCAAAUAAUUAUUAUUUACAAAAAGAAAUAUAUAAUGUAUAUGAAACAUUGGAUAAAAAUAAUAUAUAUACUAAAAAACUUGAAGAUAAAUUAGAAAAUAUAAAAGAAAAUCAAAGUUCAUUAAUUGAUACUGUUCGUAGAAUAGAUUUAUUAUAUAUACAAUUAGAUACAUUAGUACAAUCAUUUGCUGGUGUAUGUACUCAAAUAGCAUCUGAAACAGCUGAAAAUAGUGAUAAUAUAAAUAAAAAAAAAAAAACAAUGAAAAUGUUGUUAGAUUAUAUAUAUCCAUGUAGAACCCUUGAUCCACGUAUAAAUUCUUUAUAUGGAAUGUUAUAUUAUCAAUCAAUUGGUUUAUUAAAAGAUGGUAAAUUUAUAAGUCCUCCUAUACCUCCCAUACCCCCUUUAGUUCCAUCUGAAGAUUUAAAUGGUUGGUUACCCCCAUCCGAUCAUGUUCCAAGUCAUCAAGUUGAAUAUGCAAAUAAUGGGGAUCUCUUUAAAAGUUUGAACAGUACAGAAAAUAAAAACAGUUUUUCAGAUUUAGUAAAAAUGUAUAAACAAGGAAAUAACAAUGAUAGUUAUGAAGAAUUUUUUUCAAAAUAUAUUAAAGAAGAACAAGAUAAAUUAGAAAGUAGUGAAAAUGUUCAUACAAUUUUAAAAACAUCAAAUGGAGGUAAUAAUAAUUUAAGUAGUGAUAAAAAUAAUUUUUUAAUUUCUAAAGACUUACAAUCUUUUGAAAUAAAUAUUAGUAAUUUAGAAAUUAAAUAUUUAAAUGGAAAUCCUAAAAUAAUAUGUGUAGUUAGAUAUGAUAGUGAAACUGCAAUAUCGGCAAUACAAAAUACACAAAGAGUUACAAGACCUAAAGAUCGAAUGAGUAUGACCUCCAAUAAUGAUUACAUAGCAUUUAAUGUAAAUAGUAGAGUAGAGUUAGAUAAAUUGCCAGAAAAAAAAACAGGUGAUAUACCAAGUUUUAUGAUAGAUAUUCAUGAUGUAAGUGGUAAAGUUUUAGUAGGUACAGCUAGAUGUUCGUUUAUUAGUGAAAAGACAUUAAUAAAUAAUGCACCUUGGGAUAUAUAUUCAAGAUUAAAUAAAUCAAAACCAGAGAUAAUUGGAAAAGUUUAUGUAUCUGUACAUCCAAAACCAGACAAUUCUAUUUUACCUGCACAAAUGUUUAAAAAUUUAAAAAAAAAUAACAAAGGUACAAAUAUUAUGCAUAAACUAAAUUCACCAAAGACUACCCCAAUUUUAAGUAACACUCAUAACUCCAAUAUGGCAAAUACUGGUACUGAUACUAAAAUCGGAUAUAAAACAGUAAAUGUGUUUCAAAAAAACGCUGUUUUAAGUAAGGCUAUAUAUGAAAAGGAUCAAGAAGCAAUACCAUCAUUGGAAAAGGUUGAGCCAAACAAUAAUAAGACAAUUACAUUGGGAAAAGUUAACCCAAAUAAUAAUAAGAAAGCUGCAUUGGGAAAGCGUGGGCAAAAAGUUACUUUCAAACCUUAUGUUUCUAAAAGCGACAAGAAUGUUGAACCUGAGGAAAAGAAGCCGGAAGCAGAAGAAGCCAAAGUCAGUGAUGACAAAUCGAAGGUAGAUACUAAGGGAAACGACCCCAAAAAUACAAAGGACGAGAGCAAAGAGUCAAGCAAUGCAAACAAUGAGAAUACAAAAACGAACUCGGUUAUGAAUCGCAUCAAACAAUUGACGAUGAAAUUUGAAGCUUCGAAAAAUAAGCCAGAAGAGAAACAGAGCACCACACCAUUGAAAAUGCCAGUUAGUGAGAAGGCAUUAGAAAAGAGCAAAAGUGUUGAAAAGGAACCUAUUGAAAAGAGCAAAAGUGUUGAAAAGGAACCUGUUGAAAAGAGCAAAAGUGUUGAAAAACAACCUGUUGAAAAGAGCAAAACGGUUGAAAAACAACUUGUUGAGAAGAGCAAAACGGUUGAAAAAAAACAAGCCCCGGUUAUGAAAGACGGAGUAAUGAAGGUUAAAUUGAUAGCCUUAGGGAAGAAGCAAGUUCCAAAGAGUGCUAAAGUGGAUGAGACUAAGGAGGAUAAAAAAGAGGAGGAGACGAAGGAAGAUAAAAAAGAAGAGGAGGCAAAGGAAGAGAAAAAAGAAGAAGAGACGAAGGAAGAGAAAAAAGAAGAAGAGACGAAGGAGGAUAAAAAAGAGGAAGAAGUAAAAACAUCGAGUGGGGUAAAAAAAAUACCUCCCUUAAAUAAACUAAAGGCAUUACCUAAAAUGAAAAUCGGACCAAAUAAGGAUAGCUUAAAAAAAAUACUCGCAAGUAAACUAGUUAGCAAAGAGGGAAUAGGAAAGGUUGGCCAAACUGGGCAAGGCGAAGUAAGUGAGAAAAAAGAGGAGGUCAAAGCAGUGGAAAAGGCUGUGGAAAAUGUAGAGGCUAAGGCGGUGGACAAGGUAGAGACUAAGGCGGUAGAAAAUGUAGAGAUCAAGGCAGUGAACAAGGAAGCAAUAAAAGCAAAAAUGUUAACCAUUUUGAAGGCAAAACAAAGCAAAGCCCCAAUUCCACCAAAGGAAACACCAUUAUCUGCAAAAGUUGGUGAUACAGCUCCGAUUUUAAAAAAACCAAUUAUGAAACCACCACCAUCUGUAAAUGGAUCACAAUCGAGUAAUGAUGAUCCUGAUCUCAAAAGCAUUUUAGAAAAAGCCAAAAAAAAAGCAUUAUUUAUUGACAAGAAAAAAAUACAAGUUAAAUUACCAAAACCGAUCGAAUUGAAAAAAGCGAUUAAAAAGUUUGUUCCAAAACUAGCGAAUGUUGAUUAG